AUGGCCCUAGCGAUGUAUCUACUUACACAUUUGGAUCCAUAUGCUUUGUACUCGACACCUUACUUACACGGCAUGCCAGCAGCCAUCAGGACUACGACAUACUACAGUAGGGCAAACAUCGCCGAGACCCUUUCCGCUAUUUGUAGUCCUGGCAUUCCUCAACUCGUCCAUCACUUGCCUCCUCACAUGCCCAUUUGCGCCCUACUCAGCCCCUAUAAGUCGACUUGCGCCCUUUUCGACUCUCAAACUGAAGGCCUACUUGAUGCGUUGCCCAGUCGGCCCUAUGCGUAUAUCGGCCCAUUUUACACUCCCAUACAUGAGCCGUUUCAGACGUCGGGUCCAGUUGCCGAGACUUUGUUUGAGGAUUUGCAGCAGCGCCAUCAUGGUGGCAUAAGCGCCUGA